AUUCCUCAAUAUAACUCAACUUACAUACAUUAGUCUGCAUCUCUCUCGAAUUGGAAUUAAAUUGUCAGAAUCGAAAAAGGACAUAAUAAAAAAACAUGGUUGUUCCAUUAGAAAUAAGGGUGGAUCUGUUCAUUUUUCUAUGGUUUUUAAUACGUGUGCUAUAUUGGUUUUCUUGCCGGCGGAAUUCCCCAUCGUGUGAAAACCUGGACGACUUAAACUAGAUUGUGGCAUGUAUGGUGUAAGGUGUGUUUAUCGUGUGUGGUAUAUACGUAAAACAGCAGGUUUGACAAAGGAGCACAGAAUAUGAAAAAUGAUGGAGGUCGAUGAAGAAACUGUAAGUUUGGAUGCAUGCAGUCAAGCAGCUGAGUCAUGGUUGGGGAAACAUUCCCUACCUUGGAAACUUCUUUGGGCAAAUGAAGCUGAGAGAAAACUUGUAUUUGAACAUCAGAGAGGAGGUGUUACAUUCACAGUGGCACUGUUGCCGCCUGCCAUGUCUGCGGAAAGUGGUCAACAAGGUCGACGGUCAUUCAGGGCUCAAAGUGAUAAUGACAAGGUGUGGUCAUUAUUAAAAGAUUGUCAUGGAACCAGCUUACAGGAGUGUCUAGAAAAAAGUAUUGUGGCUUUGGAGCCUCUUUUUGGUGCUUCCAAAAGGACAGAGAUUGAUAAUGAUGAUGAUGACGAUGAUGAUGAUGAUUAUAGCUGUGGUGAUUACUUUGACAACAGUGAUGACGUGAUGGAAACAGGGGAUGGUGUGGUGGUUGGUUUUUCUUCUCAUGUAGCAAGAGAAACUCCAAAUGAAGAUGAUGGCAUUACAGAUGUCGAAUAUGAAAUGUACGCCAAGUCAGGAUCCAAGAUGGCAGUACAUCGAUUGCUGUCUGAUUUGAAGAUGUUCAAGCGAUCCAACUGUACCAGUGGCAUCUAUGGAAGCCCUAGAGGGGACAACCUGUUCUUGUGGGAUGUGCAAUUGACUGAUUUUGAUCAGAAGUCUGUCUUGGGUAAGGACCUUUGCAAGUAUGCUGAAAGGUUCCAACAGAAGCCAGAGGUCCAGCUUGAAAUGUCUUUUCCCUGUGACUACCCCAUGUCUCCUCCUUUCAUCCGAGUCAUCAGACCAAGGUUCAAGUUCCUAACAGCGCAUGUGACAAUAGGGGGCAGUAUUUGUAUGGAACUCCUGACCAAGUCUGGUUGGCGACCCACUAAUGACAUCGAGAGUAUUUUGGUCCAAGUCCGAUCAGAAAUCAUUUCCGAUCCUAAGGCUGGGUUGGAUAUGAGUCGUCCCAACCAGGAGUACACAAGGAUGGAAGCUGAGACAGCCUUUCGACGGAUGGUGGAUCGUUAUGGAUGGAAUAAAUAAGCUAGUGAAAGAGUGGUAGUGCCCCAAAUGCAAGAAGUUGCAAUAGGAUUGUUGUUUGUUUUGAUGGCGUGUCAUGUUCCUUGCCGGUAAGAAAAUAAAUUUGAACACUUCUAAAAGUUCCCAGCAGUGAUCGAAGCAAGUCUCUUCAACAGCAUUGCAUUUGUUUCUAAUGUUUGAGGUACAUUGCACUGUUUGAUGGUGAAACAGUGGUAUUUGUGUAUCAAUAUGUAUAUAUUUAUGAUGUCACCAAUCACCAAGGCUUGGGUUAAGACUGAGAACCCAUCGUUGCAUUGAACUUAUUCACACUGUAAGCAAUCUACAUCACAUGACACAUGAUCCUUAAUAUCACUUUCCACCUGUUAGGGGGUGUAGUGUCUACAGUACAUGCUGUGUGGCCACUUUUAUAUUCUUAAUAUUGCCAAUCUAGCCAGACAUUGCAAUUUGUAAUAUCAUUUCCUAUUUCUUCAAGUCAGCUGUUACCUUUGUAUUUGAAAUUAUUCAUUAUUUUGAGUUUUGUAACUUAGAUUAUUGCCAAUAAAAUAACAGAAUGAUUUGAAGUUUGGUUUUACAUUAUCGGUUGCUAUAAGCUGUAGUUAACGUGGCAUUAUGUGACCCCUGUUCAGUUUUCGUAAUGAUAUUGCUGAAUAAGCUCCUUCAAAACAUGAUAGCAUCCCUUGAAAUGUGAAAACUAUUGGAUUAUGUAUCUGUACUCAGGGACUUCAUCAGUGUUAGAGAUGCUGUCAAGGGACAGUUUUAAUUACACUCAUUUUGGACAUUAGUGAUAUCUUAGUAAAGUUUCUCCCUUUUUUUGUUUGUUGUGAGUUUUUUUAGGGGGGGGGUUCUUUGUUCUUAACAUAACUACCUUUUUCUCCGUUUUUUUUUUUAAUGAUUUGUUUGCAAAAACAAAAAGUCAUACUGUCGUAGAUCUCAGACCAGUCCUGGACUGUGUUAGACCUCCAAUUCUCUCUGUUCGAGUUAGAGGCUUUGUCCAAAUCAGUGUCACAGUCCCUGACUCAUUUUCUUUGUACUUGUCACUUGAUGUCUCUUGCAUUUACCAAAUCCACUUCAGAGUGUUUCUGGCUGGGUAUUUGUUGUUAGCAGAGUAAAACAUUACUUCAGUGAAGUUGUGGAAGCAAACAGAUUAGUUAGGAUGUGAUUAUGGAAGAGAAUGGAAUGAAAUAUCACAAAGGGGACACCAUACAUCAAAUCUGAAACAUUUCAUAUUUACUAAAAAUCAAAUUUCAACUUACAAUUAUUUUUCUUGACCUGUCCAUAUUUUGAACCAAAGUCAGAAUUUCAAAGCAUUAGACAUUAUUAUGGGACCUAAUUUGGUCAGUCUGCCCAGUUAUGAAUUGACAUUGAGCUUAGGAUUUCUUGAUGCCUUUAGGAUUGUGUGGUCCAGUUAUGCACUGCAUGAGACUUCAAUCCAUAUACUAACUAAGGAUGUACCAUUGUUGAUUGCAGGAUUUGGGAGAACGUAGACACUUUCCUGUUGAAAAGAACCUAGAAUUAAAGUGAAAACGGUAAGCAUGCUUUUUAAAUUGUGAGCUUGCAGAGGGCUUUCAAAACUUGAAUGACAAACAAUAUCACAAAAGAAAAAUACAAAGAAAUGCAAACAAGUUUUAUUUUUGACCUGGUGUCCUAAAAUAUUUGAAAAUUAAAUUUCACUCACAAAAUAUUUUUGUAUUGUCUGGCUCACACAUUGCAAAGGUAAGGAAAGCAUGUCUUUGUAUAAAUACGUAAUAAGGUUAUCGCUCUGGUUAUCAUAGUGUACUCUUGAAAUAAAUGAUAAAUUUGAUAUCAAUCUUUGAGGUAUUUAUCUUUUUAGCCAGCGAUGAUAGGCUAUGUGUUGGUAAUAUCAGUGUUUGUCAUAAAGUAUGAAAGGAAGAUCAUAGAUGCCAUAUUUAUUUUCCAGGCAAUGAUAGCAUGCCAGUUAAUUGAAGUUUAGAAUUAGGUCUGGGGAAAAUUGUCUGGAAAAAAAUACCAGGACCAGCAAUAUCUAUCAAGAUACAAGAAGACCAUCGUAUGGCAGCAAUUAUUCAUCUGAGAAAACAACGAUUCAAAGGUCUCAUUUACAGACAAGAAGUUUGGAUUUUAGAUGUAUAUUUCUCUUGAUGGUAGUCUUAAAGGUUAAGAAAUCAAGGGCUAGCCUGAGAAUAACUACACAUACUUGUCAAGGCAAAUAAGAUUGUAAAUGCCAAAUGAUCAACCCCUCCAAAAUAUCACCAGGAAUGAUAACGAUAAAACUUAACACUUUCAAAUUAGUCUACACAUCAGUUAGGAAGUGUAAAAUUAUUAUACAUGUACGUUCAUGAUCCUUCAAUGUAAUUAAUCUGAAUUUUAUACUUGAAGCACGGAAAUAUCCUGAAAUAAAUGCACACAAUCUGA